UUUCAGUGCAAAGAUGAAUUCAUUGGUAGGAGCACUAAUGUUCUUAUUGCUGUUUAUGAAAGCUGGAUUUUCUCUUCAAACCUUCUUUGUUCCCAUUCAGGAAGAUAAGUUUGGUAUAACAGAUUGGAUAGAAAUGCAUCCAGAUAAUGGAGCAUGGGGUUCAGUUGAUUUCCGUUCAAUUUCACUUUGCUUUUGGAUGUACAACAAGUUCUAUGGUUCAAGUAUAAGCACUGUCUGGAUGUUUCAAGCUGUUUCCAAUGACACUAAGGACCUUUAUGUAACUGGAAUGUUCUUAAAACCUAAAGUAAAAGAUGGAAGCGAUGGCAAAAAUGUACAAUUGUUCAUUGAAGAGUACAGCAGGAGUAAGAAUUUUGGGAAACUAGUUGCCAGUGACUUACCGCAUCGGAAAUGGAUUCAUAUUUGCUGGCUAAGCAAUGAUGGAACAAAUGAGGUUUGGGUUGAUGGAAUUUUUAGAACUAAAUACCAAAUGUCAUCUCAUUUUGCGGAACUUUUAAAGUUGGGACAGACUAAUACAAACUAUUCAUUAAUGAUUGGCCAGGAACCUGAUGCUUUAAACAGCGAUUUUGAUCCUCAUCAGACACUCCGGGGCAGAAUAUCAGAAUUUAAUGUUUGGAACUUCCCUGUUAACAAGGAUACGUUACUUGCUCUAUCAAAUUGUUCUGUUGUACAAAAGGGAAAUAUAGCAAGAUGGAAUCACACACAUAUGACCAUCCAUGGAUCAAAUAUGAAAACCAUUGAAUACGAAACUCUCUGUGAACCGUUUAAAAAACAAAUUGUUAUAAAACACAGAAUGGCAUAUAACUCUUCUAGAGAUUAUUGCUCUAAACUUGGAGGUCACCUUCAUACCCCUGUUUCUGAGAAAGACAAUGAUCAAAUGCUGCAGCUACUAGGCAACAACUCAAAAGAUUGUAAAAUGGAUUUCUGGAUCAAUUUUGAUACAUGGGUUGUGUCUACUAAUUCUGACAACUUAAAAAAUAGGAGUUAUUCAAAUUUCAAAAAGUUAUCUCAAGAUGGAAAAUGUGGUAUGAUGACCUCAGACGGUUUUUGGAUGAGUAGGACUUAUGAGGAUUGUAUAAAUUUACAGGCAUGUUUUAUUUGUAGUUUUCUAGAGGAGCCACUUUUUACAGUAAAAGGACUUUGCCCCCAGAGCCUGUAUGACUAUGUAUACUACUUGGAUCAUGUUGACUCAGGGUUGCAGUUUGAUGGGUUUAAAGGGAGUCAAAUACAACUGAGAGAUUCUAAAUGGACCAUAAAUCAUGGUCAACGGAAUCAAGAUUUGAAAAUCAAAAUCAAUACAUUUGAUCCUCUUGGUAGAAAGAAUUGGACUGGAAGUGACCUUUCUUGUGAUGUAUUAGAUGAAAACACAGUUCUAACAUUGUCAGUGUGUGAUAUGAAAGCACAUUUUACAUGCAAUUCUGGUCAUUGCAUUAAGAAAGCUAAACUUUGCAACAACUUUAUUGACUGUGCUGAUCUUUCAGAUGAAAAGAACUGUAAUAAAAUUAUUCCAAUGUUUGAUUCUUCGACAGAAAACCCUCCCAAUUCUUAUGGUCAACAAACAUUUGUGAAAGCAGCAGUAUCAAUCAGACAAUUUGAUGAAAUAAACACAAUACACUCCACCAUAACAUUGACAUUUGAUAUGGAAAUGAGUUGGAUAGAUUCUACAAUUGUGUUUACAAACUCUCCCGAGUUUUCAGGCAAUCCUGUGGAUAUUACAGAUGGUUCUAAGCGUUCUAUUUGGGCUCCACACCAGAUUUAUUUUCCAAAUGGAAUGCUGGGAAAGACUAUUGGAGAUUCAAAAUUUCAACUUCAGGCGAUUCCAUUGUCAAGUCCUAAAGCCCCUGAUGUUGGGCAGUCAAUUGAAUCUAUUGCUUAUGAUGGAAAGGAUGUUAUGCUUUCUCUUAUCAGAAGAUAUAAGGGAGAGUUCUACUGUGAAAUGAAAUUUGUCAAUUUUCCUUUCGAUGAACAAGUUUGUUUUGUAGAAAUUGCUAUGAGUAUUGGUCCGCACAAGAACUUGAAGAUGAUUCCUGAACUUGAACACCAUGCUGUUCAAUACACUAGGAGCAGAACACUGAGCGAGUUCAGCGUUGGUAAAAUUAGCUGGAGUAACUUCACUGACAGUAAGGAGAGCAUCUUUAAGAUAUCCAUUGAACUGAACAGGCUCUACACACCCUUUCUCAUAUCCAUCUUCAUGCAAACAUUUCUUCUCUGGUUCCUGGCUUAUCUCACUCUUAUUAUCAAGUUAGAAAACUUCAGUGAUAGAUUCAUGGGUUCCUUAACUGCUUUGCUGGUUCUUGUUUCCCUUAUGGCCUCAAUAAAGAAUAAUAUUCCCAGCACAGCUGACUUCAUGAUGAUUGAUCUUUGGUUUGGUUGGCUUAUACUCAGGGAUACACAAGAUGUCUAAUUAAUUGGGAACCC